AAAAAAAUUUUCCAUCCUCUCAGCAGAAUAACUCCGGUCCGACCAUUAUCGUUCAAUACUACUUGGCCACCACUCGUGUCGGCAGACGCGAGCUCAACUCCGAGGGGGAAAGAGGGAUAGGAUUAAACGCGAUCCAUCGCGCGACGACUCAUUGGUUUUUCGCCCCUCGUCGUCGUCGUGGCGAAACCGACAAACUUUCGAAACUUUGGUCGGUCCGACGAAUCAACGAAAGGCGAUACACGGUGGUGCAUGCGCGAGAUAUCGACUACCGUGGCCCGUGCCAAAAGAGAGAGAGAGAGAAAAAGGAAAAGGGAAGAGAAAGCAAAGGACGGGUUGCGGGAAUAGAGAGAAAGGCAUCGCGUGUGCAAGAAGCCAGCUAGAACGAGGAGGAUGGCGAGGGUAGGGAGGCGAGAGGACGGUGUUAACGAUGUUUCGUGUAGAGAGGAGACCGGGCGCUGAAAUUACAGAUCAAGGGGUUUCUAAACAAUUACGCUGUCGGCGGGAGGUCAGGGCGAACAGCAUGAGGUUAGAGGUUACGGCUCGCAGGAUUGCGGCCUGCGGCUGGUUGCGGACGAGGGUCGAGGCUAACAGGAAGUGCUCUCUCACCGCCGGCCAAUGGUCGGGGUGGCUACAUCGGCGACCGGCCGGAGAAGCAUCAGCACCACUCCUAUCCUCUGAUAUUCCCCGGGGAGCGAAGGCUUCCAUUGUCCCUCUGGGGCGAACGGAGAUAGAUAGGUCGAGCCGGGAGAAUUCUCGUGGGGCGAGGAUAAGAGUGGGAAGGUUUAAGGGGGGUGGUGGUGAUGGUGGUGGUGGCGGUGGUGGGCAGGCCGAGUGUGUGUUGCAGGCCAAGGCAAAGCUUACCCAUGGCUAUCCACGAGAAAGGGUGUACACAGUGUUACGGCGAGGAUCGAUCGGUCGCCAAUAACCACAACUUGGAAAGUUCCCUCUCUUUGAAUGGGUGGUGAACAGGAUUGGUAGCGAUUUUCACCGGUACCGGCAACGAAGACGACCCCUCGUGAUCAUCGGCCUCUCUAACAGGGCAGAUUGCCGGUCAGAAACAUCCCCCUCCUUCCUCCCCCCGAGCCCUUCCUUCCCUACCAACGGAAUUAUUCCACGACAAGUGUUACCGAAUCGAAAGGGUAUCCCCUUUCCUCCCCCUCCCCCUCUUCUCUCUCGUGCUUUAAUCUCCUCUCGCGCCAUUAUCGGUUAGCGUGAGAGCCGGUUCCUUGAACUCGAUUCGGGGCCCUUGA